AUGAGUGAUGAUUUCUUCGGUGGUAUGAACAUCCUACUGUUUGGGGACCUUAUGCAAUUGCCUCCCGUGUCUAAAUCAGCUGGCGGUGCGUACUGCUUCAACCAACCGCAGAAUUUGGAAUCCGAGGUGAAUUUGUGGGCGAUAUUUAGUUUUUGCGAGCUACCUCAGAAUAUGAGGCAAGCCGAUGACACAUCUUUUGUGGACAUCUUGAAUAGUUUACGGGUCGGUCAACUUACAAUGCAGCAACUGGAAGUGUUGGAUCGUCGUCGAGUCCCACUUGUCGGUCAAUUUGCAGAUGGUGAAUGCGUACGCAUAUUUCCCACGGCCCAACAGGUCAACGAUUAUAACAACAUGAUGACCAACAAGCUGGCUCAGUCAUGCUUGAUGUACGAUAUUGUUGCUGUAGACGUGUCUCUUGAGGCGAAGCGCUAUGGAGAGACGCCGAAGGCGGAGUUUAUAUCUACCGACCCCAACAAAACCGGAGGAUUUCCUAAAGCUCUAAAGAUCGCCGUAGGCUCGAGAGUCAUGCUGCGCAAGAAUAUAAAUGUUGGCCACGGUUUAGUAAACGGAGCUAUGGGAGUCAUAAAGAAAAUUGAAUGGCCUGCACUGCGCCGUGACCAGCUCGAGCCCGGAGAGCUGCCUCAAGCUGUCUUCAUAGAAUUCGACGAUAAAAGUAAAUAUAUAUUGUGGGUUUGGGGGUAA